CGCGAGGGUCGGAGAGUUCCGAGACUAAGAGUUGGGACGGAGACUCUGAGGCGCGUGCGCAGCUGGGCGGUGGUUGGUCUGCGAAGCUGGGGGCGUCGCGGGGCUGGAGCAGGCUUACUGACGAUAUACACUUCUGUCUCAAAUCUCCUGGAGUUCCAGUAAAUUUUCAGAGUCCUCUUUCAAGUCAACAGGCAUCGUGCUUUUUCUUUGAAGAAUUGUAAAGAGAGAACAAAGCCAAAGCGGAAGGGGGAAAGAUGUCCAACCCCUUCUUAAAGCAGGUUUUCAACAAGGACAAAACCUUUCGGCCUAAGCGCAAAUUUGAGCCAGGCACACAGAGAUUUGAACUUCACAAGAAGGCUCAAGCUUCCCUGAAUGCAGGGCUAGAUCUGAAGUUGGCUGUCCAGUUGCCGUCUGAUGAGGAACUCAAUGAUUGGGUGGCUGUGCAUGUGGUAGACUUCUUCAACCGCAUCAACCUCAUUUAUGGAACCAUCAGUGAUAACUGCACCGAGCAGUCAUGUCCGGUGAUGUCUGGGGGCCCUAAGUAUGAGUAUCGAUGGCAGGAUGAGCAGAAGUACCGGAAGCCGACUGCUCUCUCAGCACCCAAGUAUAUGAAUCUUUUGAUGGACUGGAUUGAGGUUCAGAUCAACAAUGAAGACAUCUUCCCUACCAAUGUCGGUACUCCAUUCCCCAAGAACUUUCUGCAGGUGGUAAAGAAGAUACUGUCCAGGCUUUUCAGAGUUUUUGUUCAUGUUUACAUCCACCACUUUGACCGAAUCACUCAGAUGGGCUCUGAGGCUCACGUGAACACCUGCUAUAAGCACUUCUACUAUUUUGUGAAAGAGUUUAACCUGAUAGACACCAAAGAGUUAGAACCGCUGAAGGAAAUGACCUCCCGAAUGUGCCACUGAAAGUGGGGCCACCUCUCAGGACUGCUGAAACCCGCCUUUCUGCACCCAAGAAGACGCUAUCUGGAAACCAGAGACUCUGAUGCACACAUAAAAAAAUCUCUAUUUUUUUAAACAAGAACAUCCCCGUGAAAAUUCCUUAUAUCUUUUCUUAAUACUGUGACAUUACGGUAAUCAUUUUUAAGAUGCUUCAUAUAGUUGAAGAUUAUUUUUGUUUUGUUUUUAGAAUUAAUUUCUAGAGGGCAGCCUGCUAAAGUGGAAAGAGCACUAACUAGUCGUCAGAUGUAGUCUCUAGUCACGGCUCUGCCACCUGCAAGCUGUGUGACCUUGGGCAAGUCAUUUAUCUCUCUAGGCCUCAGUUUCUUCAUCUGUAAAAUGAAGAGGGU